AUGGCCUGUUUUGACCUGAGGCUAUCAUGCCCGACUACGACUACUCUACGCCUAACAGCUAGCCUGCAGACCGGCCUUCUCGGCCGGACCUUCUUAUGCCUUCAACUGCCCAGAUCUAGGGGCCUGAGCCUCAGGUAUCUGCCCCUGGUGAUCUAUAUUGGGUCUGAGGAGAAAGCCAUUCAGGCCGUGCAACAAGAAGAGGCCGUGGACAACCUGGCAGAGGCUCCGGCCGUUUGGAACAUACCACCCAAGGAGGGGAUUAUGCGGGGAAUGGCCCUUGAACAAACAGACGGACCCUGGCUCAUCGCGCAAAAACAGCAGCAGAACUCUGCUCACAUCCGUCGCGAUCCGCAAGUCUCUUAUUUUACGUCUCUAUCAAGACAAGAUGAGUUUGAAGCCAACUCCAAGAAGGUGAUCCCUCUGUUUUCCAUCACCUACUUCCUUGCGAUAUUCUUUUCAAUUGUAUCAUGUUUAAGGUUUGACUGUGUAAGAAACAAGGCCUGGGUUGCAGCUUUUGGAGUUUUCUCCACUGGCCUCUCUGUCCUCUCUGGAUUUGGUUUGCUCUUAUACUGUGGCAUGCCUUUUGCGAUGACCGUGGCGAAUUCUCCAUUUCUCAUUCUGGGUAUCGGAGUGGAUGACAUGUUCAUUAUGAUUGCUUGCUGGCAGCAAACAAAAGUUCAGGACUCUGUGGAAGAUCGCUUAGCUGAGACAUACAAAGAGGCCGCUGUCUCCAUCACCAUCACCACACUGACUGACGUUUUGGCCUUCUACAUUGGCAUCAUGACUCCCUUCCGAUCAGUGCAGUCCUUCUGCCUUUACACUGGCACCACCGUUCUCUUUUGCUACUUAUUCAACAUUACUUUCUUUGGGGCAGUUUUAGCUCUAAAUGGUAAAAGAGAGGAGAGUAACAGACAUUGGCUACUUUGUAUGAAGGUCCCUACAACGUCCCCAGCAGAGUCCUCUAAAGCAUACAGCCUCUGCUGUGUAGGGGGUUCAUAUGACCAAUCUACUGGUGCAGAGACUGAACACCCAAUGAACCUCUUCUUCAAGAAGUGUUAUGGACCUUUUCUGACAAAUAUCUGGACCAAAGUAUUUGUGGUGCUCUUGUAUGCUGGGUACCUAGCAGCCAGCAUUUAUGGAUGUUUCCAGAUAAAGGAAGGAAUAGAUCUUAGAAAUCUGGCUUUUGACAAAUCCUAUAUAGUCAGAUAUUAUGACCAUGAAGAAGCAUACUUUUUAGAAUAUGGUCCAAAUGUAAUGGUUGUAAUCCCAGAGGAAGUUGCCUACUGGAAUAUAACCGUUCGUGAAGAUAUUGAUAACUGCAUUGGCAAAUUUAAAAACCUUUCAUAUAUUGAUCAGAAUCUUUCUGUAUCCUGGCUUCAGUUUUAUGAAGAUUUUGCACAAAAGGCCAACAUUAAUAUAAAUAGCCAAACGUCAUUCAUCAAUAAUUUAAUGAUAUUUUUUAGGUUUUUUCCAGAUUUCAAGCAAGAUGUUCAUCUUUCAGGGGAUGUUAUCAAUGCUUCUCGUUUUUUCAUUCAGACACUAAACAUCAACAAUGCAGUUGCUGAAAAAAAUAUGCUGACUGAGCUAAGAGAGAUGGCAGAAAGCUGUGUUGUUCGCCUUGUAGUGUAUCACCCGGCCUUCAUCUACUUUGACCAGUACUUAGUCGUUGUUAACAAUACUAUCCAGAACAUUGCAGUGGCCACUGUGGUAAUGUUGCUGAUCUCACUUCUGUUGAUUCCAAAUCCACUUUGUUGUCUGUGGGUGACAUUUGCUAUCGCAUCUGUCAUUGUAGGUGUGUCAGGAUUCAUGGCAUUCUGGGAUGUGAACAUAGACUCCAUCUCCAUGAUCAAUUUGGUCAUCUGCAUUGGCUUCUCUGUCGAUUUCUCUGCUCACAUCUCCUAUGCCUAUGUGUCCAACAGGAAACCAAAAGCCAAUGAUAAAGCAAUCGAUGCUCUCUAUAUCCUCGGCUACCCCAUUGUACAGGGAGCCAUCUCGACAAUUCUGGGGGUUGCGGUAUUAGCUGCUGCAGAAAGCUACAUUUUCAGAACAUUUUUUAAAAUUAUGUUCUUAGUCAUUGGUUUUGGCGCUUUCCAUGGCAUCGUUUUUAUUCCAGUGUUUCUCACAUUCUUUGGCUUGUGUGCUAAACCCAGUGAAUUAAAUUGUGAGGAAAGUCAAGCUGAGUUUCAGUGCAGACCCAACGUGGAAUUAUACGACAGAAAUAUGGAUCAGUUUAACAACAGUAACGCAUCCCUUCGCCACCUUAACAGAAGUAAGAUGGAUCCUGACUGCCCAUAAGAAGAUUGGAAGGUUUUCUGUUUUUGGAGCUUGUUCUUGAAGAUUUACUGCCAGCUAUCAAAAAGAAGCCAUUUCUGUAAGCUUGAUGCACCUGCUUGUUUCAUGUAUGUAAUGUAUGUAUGUAAUGUA